CUAAUGCUAGUGGCUAGCUACGUGUUUACACAGAAGUGUUUUUAUCUGCAGUAUUUAUUUGGAUAAAACACAUGUUAACAGAGCUUUGAGAACUGAAUGUGGUCUCGUGUUUUUGCUGGGUCCUCUUUGUGCAGCUGAGAUGGGCCAGCAGAUCUCUGGCCAGGCUGUGAUCAACAAGCUGCCUGAGAAGGUACUCAAGCAUGCUGGAUUAGUCCGGGAGAGUGGCUUCCUUACCUAUGAGGAGUUCCUGGGCCGUGUAGCAGAGCUUAAUGAGGUUACUGCUAAGCUGGCAGCAGGGCAGCAGAAGCACCUCCUUUUUGAGGUUCAGCCUGGAUCUGAUGCAACUGCGUUUUGGAAAGUUGCUGUGAGGAUAGUGUGCACCAAGAUUAAUAAAGAGGAUGGCAUGCUGGAGGCCUCACGCAUCAUGAACCUUUACCAGUUUAUCCAGCUUUACAAAGACAUUACCAGCCAGGCAGCUGAAGUGCUGGCAGCAGAGGGCACUGCUGAGUGCUCAUCCGGACAACUUUCUUCUGCAGAUUCCUGCCAAGCCAGCAUCUGGAUGGGCAGGGUGAAGCAGCUGACUGAUGAAGAAGAGUGCUGUAUCUGUAUGGACGGGAAAGCUGACCUUAUUCUACCGUGUGCUCACAGCUUCUGCCAGAAAUGUAUUGAUAAAUGGAGCGGUCAGAGCCGAAACUGUCCAAUCUGCCGUAUUCAGGUGACUGCAGCCAAUGAGUCAUGGGUAAUAUCAGAUGCACCUACAGAGGAUGACAUGGCCAGCUACAUUCUUAACCUGGCUGAUGAAGCUGGCCACCCUCACAGACCUUAAACUGAAACAUCAUGCACUAAUUUUUCCCUGAUUAGAUUUUUUUUAGUCUGACUGUAAAAUUCCAUUUUAAUAUGUGAAAAUUGAUGGCAUUGUUUUAGUCUCGUUUUCUUUUGCCUACAUGAGUUCUCACACUGUUUAAACCUUUUUCAUUACAUGCUACUUGUUUGUUUAAUGUAAUUGCACUCUGGGCUGGUUUACUAGUCAUGGUUUAAGCUCAGUAUAGACUAAAUAAAAAUAAUACUGUAUAUUUUAGUCUAGAAUUGGGACUAGGAUUUGUCCUGAAUGCUAUUACUCUUACAGUAAUGAGUGGGACUGCACUGACUGACUUGACCAGUUCACACUUAUUGAGAGAGAUAAAAAGUGUGCUACAAUGCAUAGCGAAAAAUAAGUGGACACUUGUACUGAAUAAUGGGUUUGCAGUUCCAGCCACAGUACUAACAGGUGAAUAAAGUUUAGCAUACAAAAUUUGCCAUACAAAAAAAGCUCAGUGAAUUUCAAAGUAUGGCUGGGGUGGUUUGGUGGGUAGCACCGUCACCUCACAGCAAAAGGUCCUGGGUUUGAUUUUUAGGUGGUGCAGUCCAGUCUAGUAUGACUAACAUACAAUGCCACAUUUCUUACAACUCGGUACGUCAGAACUGUUCUGGUCAAAUGUAAUGCACCUGUUGUGACCAUGACCAGGAUUAAGCUUAUUAAGUAACGACACAAUACUCUUUAUUAACUUUAUACUGGCUAAUCCGGCACUGGAUGACUGACACAAUUACUCAUUUACACCUACAGCUCAAAUUCACUAAAUAUUUGGCACGGCUGGUAUUCUGCGUGCCGCACAUCAGCAAAGGUCCUCGCCACAUUCUCUGUUCACUGCCUGUAAGAGGUUUGGCAUGUUCUCUGAAGGUGUGCAUGGGUUUUCUCUGGGUACUCAGCAUGUGUCCUUUCUCCCAAACAUGCAGAAAGUGGAUUGGCUGCUCUAGAUUUACACUUUGAAGUGUAACUGAGUAAUGUAUUGUGUUGCCCAGUGAAGGAUUGGUGUCCAGAGUGUACAUUUGUGUUGUGUCCAUUAUUUACAUGUGACCCUAUACCUACUGUGACCCUGACCAGUUUUCAUUAGUAAGAAUAUUCUGAACACACAAACAAUAUUCUGAACAUUUCGGGAAGGAGGGUGUGGGUGUGUGUGUGUGUGUGUGUGUGUGAUUUACCUGACAUUUAAAGAUAACUUAUUUAAAAAUAAGAAGAAAGUAUAUAGAUAUACAAGAUGUAUAUUUUUCUUGACACCUUAUUAUAAUUCAAGUUUAUUAAUCCUGAACUGUUUAAAUGUGUAAGCGUUUGCGAGUUCUGUGUUCUGUCAAUAAUCUGCUCUUUUAGAAUAUCGAUGUUGAGCUAAAUAAAU